AGGUGACCUGCAGCGCCUUCACCCGCCUGCUCCAGCACACGUCCGAGCGGGAGGAGCACCAUCAGCACCCAUCCGAGCAGGAGGGCCACGCCAGGCGGCAGUUCCACACCUUCUCGAACGAGCGCAGGCACUUCGAGCAGCUCACGGCGCGCCUCUUCCGCCCCUCCGAGCGCCGACGCGGCGCUCCUCGCGUGGCCAGGGAGAAGACGACGGGCACGGGCGGGGCGGGCGAGCAGGAGGGCGACGCUGCGGCGCUGCCUCGCGCGCGCGAGCUAGGCCCCCCGGCGACGCCGUCGCCCCGGCAGCAGCACCGGGCGCGCCCGCGCAUCUCGUUCCUCCAAGCCGGCGCCCCCGCGGCGCCGCCGCAGGCGCAGGCGGUGUGCGGGCUGCAGAAUCCGAGGCUGUGGCGCGAGGCGCGCGACCGCAUGACCAGGGUGCUCGUGUCGGGCGGCCUGCCCGGCGGCGCCCUGCCGUUGGAAGGCUUCCACCAGCGCCUGGCGGAGAGCAUCCGGGACGACCUGCAGCGGGGGUACCUGGUCCCGGCCGACGUGGCGCGGCGCGCAAGGACCAACAUGAGCGCGCAGAACGCGAUAUGGACGGAGAGGCGGAGACAGCAAUCGGGCGUGUCGCCCAAGGGGCAGGAGAGCAAGACGCUCUUCCAGGCCAUGAAGGUCGCGGCCGCCAAGAACGAGUCCAGGCCCGGCACCUCCUCUGCGAGGGGCGCGCCCGAAGGCCCCGCGGACACGGACGAGGAGCAGCGCCACAUGCUGUCGCUGCAGCUGCUUCCCGGCAUCGACGUCAUGAGCGUGGAGCAGAAGCACGCCCUGGCGCACGACCUGGAGCAGAGACUGACGAAGCAGUGCGGAGCCCGGCGCUUCAAGUCCGCCGUGGGGGUCGUCCGGGCGUCCAGCAUCAGGCUGGUCGGCGCCGCGCGCGACGCUCCAGUGGCCGAGGCGGGCUGCGUGCCCCCUGCGGCCUGAGCGCGGCACGGGCGGCGCGAGCGGCGCCGCGCCCCGCCCGCGAGCUUUUUUUGCCACCGGCCGCUCGAUGGCGCCACGCGGGUCCCGCGCCUCCACCUCCUGUGCUGGUGCCUGGCCCUCGUGCACUGCCAGGGCUUUGCUUGCCUGCGCUCGCCGCCGUUGCUCCCAGACACCGGUCUGCUGUCACAGCGGUGCUGAUGCGUCGGCGUGAACUUCUUUGGCCACCAAGCGGAGGGGGAGGUAAUUCUCAUCGUGGCAAGUGUUUUUUUGCGCGCAGGGCAGCGAUCGCGAUCGCGAUCUCGCUCCCGUCUGUGCACAACAUGUGCCGAAAGACGCGCGCCGAUUGUAGGACUGUAGUCGGCCUAUGUUUCUCUAGCUGGCUCCCCUCAUCGGUCGGACAUCAUUCCACACCCGUCCAUCUAUCACCUCAAAUUCUCCACCACGCAACGCCCGAUGUGCACUUCCUGGCAGCAGCGCGGCGGCUGUCGGACGCGAGCGGCGACGCUCCACUCGAGCAUGCCCCGCAGCAGGGCUCGACC